AUGAUUGCGAAGGCCAGAAAGCCCCAAGGUCAGCAGCUGGCGAGCAGGAGACGAAGAGCUCGAUGGUGUAGUUGCAGCCUGAAUCCAAAAGCCCGAGAAGCCGAAAAGCAUGUAAAAUAUUUUAGAGUAACUGAGGAGCAGGAUCUCAGCGAAAGGACGGGCUUACUCUCAACCUUGUGUGAACUGAAAAGUGCACCAAACCAGGAGGUUUGGCUCCUUCUCCUGGGCUUAGGUAACGCUGGCUAUCUUACUCUUCUGAAGCAACCCACAUCAGAAGACAUCAGCUACGUCACACCUACACAGGGUUUUAACAUCAAAAGUGUACCAUCCCAAGGUUUUAACCUGAAUGCAUGGGACAUUGGUGGACAAAGGAAAAUCAGACCACCCUGGAGGAAUUAUUUUGAAAACACUGGUAUUCUUAUAUAUGUCACUGACAGCACAGACAGAAAAGAAUUUGAAGAUAUGGGUCAGGAACUAGCCGAAUUAUUGGAGGAAGAAAAGCUAGGUUGUGUUCCAGUGCUCAUGCAUCUUUGCUCAUAAGCUGCCCCCACCUCUGAAAUUGCAGGACUGAACCUGCACACCCACCGUGGGAGCGCCUGGUGGAUCCAGCCCUGCUCAGCUCUCCCAGGAGACAGGGCUCAGGAUGGCAGGAACCAGGUCAUUGCACAAAACAAACAAAAUCUAGACCGAUGGAGGCACAGGAGCUUCAGGAGCUGA